CAUGGUGUUGGGAAGACAUCAAUAUUCAAAUUAUUUGAAAAUCAUGAAGUCUUCCAGUCUCCUGUAGUCACAAUUGAUGCUCAGACAAUAGAAAGAAACAUUGUCAUUGGACCACCACAUGAGACAGUAAAGCUCUAUGUUCAUGAUACAGCUGGUCAGGAAAGGUUUAGGACGUUCACAAGACAGUACUAUAGAUAUGCAGACAUUGCUUUCCUUGUUUUCAGCAUCACUGAUGGUGAUUCAUUCCACCACAUUAGAGAGAUAUGGAUGAAAGAGAUGGCUACUAACAGAGAGGGUAACAUUGAGAUGAUUCUGAUUGGUAACAAGUCUGAUCUGGCUGAUGAGAGGGUUAAUCCUUUAUCAACUAGCAAGCAAUUUGCUGAGCGAAAUGAAAUGAAGUUCAUUGAAAUGUCUGCCCUUAAAAACGAUGAUUUUCAAAAGUUGUAUGGUGUGCUUAAGGAAGCUGUGACCGAUGUGAUAAAAAAAGGAGGAGGAACAAAGGAAGAAGACAUUGUGACUAUCAACUAUGAUGAGCCAGACCCUAAAAAUGAC